AUGGCGACUGAUGAUCGGAGAUCUCCUGUGGAUUUGUUGGCGUUCGAAAAAGAUGCGAAGGCGCUUGAGUUCAUAGAGAAGAUGACGAGCAGCGCUGACACCGUUCAGGCGAAUGUUUUGGCGGCGAUACUCAGCCGGAACGCUAAGACUGAGUAUCUCAAGCUUUACAAUCUCGACGGAGCCACCGAUCAAGAAACUUUCAAGUCGAAGAUUCCGAUGGUCACUUAUGAGGAUCUUCAACCUCUUAUUCAACGCAUCGCCAAUGGUGAUCGUUCUCCCAUUCUAUCAGCUCAUCCGAUUUCUGAAUUUCUCACUAGUUCCGGUACUUCUGCCGGUGAACGAAAGCUCAUGCCGACGAUUCGUGAAGAUAUGGAUCGACGUCAACUGCUUUACAGUCUUCUGAUGCCUGUAAUGAAUCUGUACAUGCCAGGUUUGGACAAGGGAAAAGGGCUAUACUUCCUUUUCGUGAAAUCCGAAACGCAGACUCCGGGUGGACUACUGGCCCGACCCGUACUCACAAGCUACUACAAAAGUGAUCAUUUCAAGUCCCGACCAUAUGACCCGUAUAACGUCUACACCAGCCCAAUAGAAGCCAUUCUCUGCCCAGACUCCUUCCAGAGCAUGUAUUCUCAGAUGCUUUGCGGUCUUUAUGACCGCAAAAACGUACUCCGGAUUGGAGCCAUUUUUGCCUCUGGUCUCCUCCGAGCCAUUCGAUUCCUUCAACUUAAUUGGAAGGAACUCUGCAAUGAUAUCCGAACCGGUACUCUUAAUUAUAAGAUUUCAGAUCCGGAUAUUCAAAGGUGCAUGACCCGGAUACUUAGAUGUGACCCGGAUCUUGCAAACAUCAUCGAAUCUGAAUGCUCAAACCAGAAUUGGGAAAGAAUUGUAACCCGAAUCUGGCCUAAUGUCAAAUAUCUAGAAGUGAUCGUGACCGGUGCAAUGGCUCAAUACAUUCCAACACUCAAUUAUUACAGCGGCGGCCUACCGAAGGUUUGCACCAUGUACGCUUCUUCCGAGUGUUAUUUCGGCCUCAACCUCAACCCGUUGCACGAACCAUCCGAAGUCUCGUACACCAUCAUGCCAAACAUGGCCUACUUCGAGUUCCUUCCCCACGAUCCACAUUCAGAGCGGACCAGUGAUUCAUUGGUCGACCUAGUGAAUGUGGAGAUCGGGAAGGAAUACGAGCUUGUGAUCACCACCUACGCAGGUCUCUACAGAUACCGCGUGGGUGACAUCCUCCGUGUCGCUGGGUUCCACAACUCCGCCCCACGGUUCCAUUUCGUGAGACGAAAAGACGUCCUGCUGAGCAUCGAUUCGGACAAAACCAACGAAUCCGAACUCCAAUCUGCCAUUGAAAAUGCAUCGAAAUUAUUGAACGAGUUCAACACGACCGUGGUCGAGUACACAAGCUAUGCGGAUACCCGAACCAUCCCGGGUCAUUAUGUGAUUUACUGGGAGUUAUUGGUGAAGGAUUCAAGGAAUUAUCCAAAAGGUGAGGUGCUGGAGAAGUGUUGCUUGGCAAUGGAGGAGUCUCUGAAUUCGGUUUACAGACAGGGUCGGGUUGAGUGCAAUUCGAUCGGGGCGUUGGAGCUCCGAGUGGUGAAAAAUGGUACGUUUGAAGAGGUGAUGGAUUAUGCAGUAUCAAGAGGGGCGUCGAUCAACCAGUAUAAAGUGCCAAGGUGCGUAAGUUUCACACCAAUAGUGGAGUUGCUGGACUCCAGGGUGGUGGCGUCGUAUUUCAGUCGGGGUUUGCCGCACUGGACUUCGGAACGCCGCCGGUGA